GGAUUAAGUGUACUUUUGUGAUUUAUAGUGAAACAGCUUUGAUACCAUAUCGGCAUUAUUAAUCCAAAUUCACUGAAUUUACCCAAAUUCGUUGAAAUCGUCCUGAUAAGGCUGCAGGAAGGGAGGGUUUAAACGUUACUCUUUUACCUCUGCCGCACUAUCAUGCCCGAUAGCUUUCAAGUGUGUAAACAUUGCAGUUAUUUGUAAAUUUUUUGGGGGUAUUUUUAUUUUAAGAACAUAGGAUGUGAGACAUGCUUUUGUUGCGAAGUGUACUGAUAUGUUACAAAAAUAUUUAAGACAGAUUUAAAAUAGUUAACAUCACGUUCGAACGUUUAUCGCAAGCUAUUUUUUUUCAAAGAUGUGGAUAUUUCAUUGUUCGGCAGUAUUUCUAAUUACCCUGUGUUUACACGCACAAAGAUCGGACUGCGCGACCGGGAAGGUUCAACUCGAUUCCUUGCCAGACGAGCCAGAGUAUAAAGCUUCCGGUAUUGAUUACGACGAUGGUGGAAUGGGACCUAUGUUCGACUUUGCCCGCAGCUUCAUAAAUACAGCGCUUCCCGGAGGCUUUCCAGCUGAUUUUAUAAAUGAGACUAUUUCUAACUCGGCAUCUCAAGAUAUUCUACAGCUAGCUCAAAAGCUGUUAAACCAGUUCAAAGGUUACGUGGCAGCAAUUGCUGUUGGUGUGCUAUUUAUAGUAACGGUGCCUAUUGUCGGUGCAUGUUUUUGUUGCUGUCGACUUUGUGGUAAUUGUGGCGGGAAAAGGUUCCAAGAACCUACAGACGGAAUACAUUGCAAACGUCGCGUGUUUGCAUGCAUCCUCUUUGUCACUACUGUAUUUACACUAGUGGGCAAUAUUUGUACAUACGUGAACAAUGAGAGGAUGUCAACGGCACUUGAAAAAGUCGCAGAUAUUGUGGACAAUAAUCUCAACGAUAUAGAUACUUUCCUGGAUCUAACUGUGGAACAAGCAAAGGUUGUAGGGGUCAAAAACCUAGGCACCACAAGAACAGCCAUUGAAAGUAAACUGGAUAAAAACAUUCUCAAAGAAGAAAUCAGUGAGUUUGCUGUUAACUAUUUGUCAAAUGGCGCAUUAGACAAAAUGGACAAUCGUAUACAAUCAGCCGUGAAAGCUUUUGAUGCUGUAUCAAAAGGAACAGACGAGGCAAGUGCAGCAUAUAUUGCCAUGAUGUCUAACUGCGCCACAACGGGAACUUGUACAGUACUUAUUGCUGCUCUUCCAAACAAUCCGUUAAGCAGUGGUGGUUUAUCGCUAACUCAAAAGAACGCUUUCAAUACAUUCCGGAACAACGACGCAGUUAAACAGGUGAAGGACCAAAUUGGAUCUAACAUUGCUAGCAGCAUUCCACCUUUAACAGGCAUGAAAACAAAUGUGGCAAAUUCGUUUAAUACUAUGGAAGCGAAGGUCAAAAAAUACGUGCAGGAAAUAGAAAGUUUUAAAACACAAGCAAAUGAUGGUAUUGAUAUACAAUCUUAUAAAGACCAGGCACGAGACUACACCGAGACCGCCCAGACAUACGACAAAUACAGAAAUAUCGGUGGAACAGUCCUAGGAGCAAUCAUUACACUAAUAGUAAGCCUGCAGUUUUUUGGUAUGGUAUUUGGCUCAGUUGGUCAGAGCUUGCGCACAUUACCGACAGAGAGAGGUUGUGUUUCGAAUUCUGGUGGAAACUUACUAAUUGCGUCUGUCGCACUUAUAUUUCUAUUUUCGUGGUUACUGAUGUUGUUAACUACUAUUACCUUUGCUGUUGGCUCUAUUCUGGAAAGAUUUGUUUGUCAGCCACUAUCUCCUCCGGAUUUUCAACUUCUUCAAGUCGCCGACAAAAAAUUUGACACCACUGAAGUUUUUGGUGCAUCACUAUCAACUGUUCUUAAAGACUGUCGGGACGGAAAGGCAGCGUAUGAAGCUUUCCAUUUAAAGAAUAAAGGAUUCGACUUACAGGACCUAGAUAACAGAUUAGCAGGCGAACUGACGAAUAUCGAAGGAGAGAUGGACAAUGCCUUAGGUUCAUUAAGCACCAGUAGCAUUAGCACGGGGUCAGCCGUGACUGAUGCAAGCAAAAGUCUGCAAAAUCUUCAUGAUGUACUCAGCACAAUAAACUAUGGUGUCGUGGACACACUGACAGGAAGGCUGGCAAGUUUACCUAAUGUGAGUCCAUCCGUUGCAAAGUACAAAGAGUCAAUGAAUAAUUUGGGAAGCGCACUAAAGGAUUUAGAGAAAGUAAAAAACGAAGUGCUUCAAUGGAAAAGCGAAUUCAGACUAAGUCUGACGACAGUUAGUAACAACAUUGGGUCAAAGACGAAGGAGGUGACUGACGAAUUCAAAAAGGAAAUUUUACAAAUAGCUAAUGACUACGUCAAGAAUACAAAGGACGCGAUCCGAAACAAAGUUGGGAAGUGUACACCUCUAUGGAACCUGUAUGAUUCAAUUGUAGUCGUUUCUGUGUGUAAAUAUAUUGUUGACGCAUUCAAUGGAUUCUGGUUUUCCAUUGGAUGGUGUCUAUUCUUUUUCGUUCCAAGCAUAAUAUUUUCUGUGAAACUUGCCAAGCACUACCGUACAAUGAACAGUGAUGAAGAAUCUAAUGCAACAAAAGGGGAGACAAACCACGCCUACGAUUCGAGCUCUAAUGACCAUUUUAGAAGUAACAAAGUUGGACACAAGGACAUACCAGACAGCCAGUACUAGAAUCGAUGAAAAGGAUAAAUGUGCAUUCUAACAAGAUUUUAAUGUCUACGGUUUUCUUCUCUGUUUGUUGCAAUCUGUCGUAGUUUUUUUUUUUUUUUCAAUGUCUCCCAAUAGGAAGAUGAAAUGCAAGUUUCGCUCAAAGGAAAUACCGAAGAAGUACUAUUAUAGGCGAAAAAAUAAUCGUGUUUAUUUUUUCAUAUCUGUGUUAUCGUACAUUUAGCGUCCAGAAAGAAGGUUAUAACAGAGUCCAAAGACGCUUUCUUCGUAGUUUGAUUUGUACUCACAGCAGAUUUGAUGUACAGCACGUUUUAUCAAAGUUUACAUUGACGUACAUGUUUCUUAUAUAUUGCUUGAGGUUUUAUUUUUAUUGAAGAGUUGCCUGCAGAUCUAUCACUAUUACACCGUCAUACACAUACCACGUGCGUCUUUACUGUUUAUGUAACAAUUUGUUUGUUUACACAUAAUAUGUUUUGCGUACAUUUUUUGCUAACCAGAGCACAAAAUACUAAAUGUGAACUAUUGUGACCACACACAGUCCAUCGCCCAUCCGUCCUUUUAACCUACAUGAUUUUCAUUGAAUGAUCCUCUACCAAAUUUGUAAGAAUCUAUUCCUUAACCGCUAGUGCAACUUUAACUAAUUUAAUAGAAAUUAUGUCUCCCCCCCCCCUCACCUCUGGGGGAGACAUAUUGUUUUUGCCCUGUCCGUCCGUACGUCACACUUCAUUUCCGAUCAAUAACUGGAGAACCAUUUGAUCUAGAACCUUCAAACUUCAUAGGGUUGUAGGGCUGCUGGAGUAGACGACUCCUAUUGUUUUUGGGUCACUCCGUCAAAGGUCAAGGUCACAGGGGCCUGAACAUUGAAAACAAUUUCCGAUCAAUAACUUGAGUACCACUUGACUCAGAAUGUUAAACUUUCGUAGGAUGAUUGAUCAUGCAGAGUGGAUUACUCCUAUUGAUUUUGGGGUCACUCUGUUAAAGGUCAAGGUCACAGGGGUCUGAACAUCGAAAACCGUUGCCGGUCAGUAACUUGAGAACCACUCGACCCAAAAUGUUAAAACUUAAUAGGAUGAUUGGUCAUGCAGAGUAGAUGACCCCUAUUGACUUUGGGGUCACUCUUUUAAAGGUCAAGAAGGUCACAGGGGCCUGAACAUUGAAAACCAUUUCCGAUCAAUAACUAGAGAACCACUUGACCUAGAAUGUUGAAACUUCAUAGGAUGAUUGGUCAUGUAGAGUAGAUGACCCCUAUUGUUUUUGGGAUCACUCCAUUAAAGGUCAAGGUCACAGGGGCCUGAACAUUGAUAACCAUUUCCGAUCAAUAACUUGAGAACCUCUUGAUCCAGAAUGUUGAAACUUCAUAGGAUGAUUGAACAUGCAGAGUAGAUGAUCCCUAUCGAUUUUGGGGUCACUCUGUUAAAGGUCAAGGACACAGGAGCCAGAACAUGGAAAACAAUUUUCGAUCAAUAACUUGAGAACCACUUGACCCAGAAUGUUGAAACUUCAUAGGAUGAUUACACAUGCAGAGUAGAUGGCCCCUAUUGAUUUUUGGGUCAGUCUAUUAAAGGUCAAGGUCACAGGGGCCUGGUCAUAGAAAAUCAUUUCCGGAAAAUAACUUGAGAACCACUUGACCUAGAAUAAUGAAACUUAAUAGGAUGAUUGGACAUGCAGAGUAUAUGACCCCUAUUUUUUGGGGGUCACUUGAUCAAAGGUCAAGGUCACAGGAGCCUGAACAGUGACUUGAGAACCACUAGGCCAAGAGUGUUGAAACUUAGCGGGAUAACUGGACAUGCCAAGUAGAUGAUCCCUAUUGCAGCCAACCAUCAGUGUCUCUUUGACUUUCGCUCCUGACCCCUAUUGACUUCCUACUUUGCAUUUGGGGAGACAUGCGCUUUUUUACAAAAGCAAUUUCUAGUUGUCUUUAUGUGCUCCUUUAACUAGGUUAUACCUUCUUCCGAAUGUGUUUAAAACGUUAAAACAGAAACAUUGGACCGAUAAAACUUGUUUCACACUAAAAGAUCCUUUGAUGAUCUGGCAAAUUAGUUGUCACUUAUGUAUGUAUGUGGUUGAAUCUUUAAUUAGAAACUGGGUUUCCAUUUUAAAACGUUGAAACAAAUGUUCUUUGGGUUGUCACAGGUUCGAUAUUGAAAUAAUUCGAAGAAAUGUUCUUUAAAUGAGCCGCGCCAUGAGAAAACCAACAUAAUGGGUUUGCGACCAGCAUGGAUCCAGACCAGCCUGCGCAUCCGCGCAGUCUGGUCAGGAUCCAUGCUGUUCGCUAACAGUUUCUCCAAUUCCAGUAGGCUUUAAAAGCGAACAGCAUGGAUCGAUGCUGGUCGCAAACCCACUAUGUUGGUUUUCUCACGGCACGGCUCAAAUGUCCCUCUACAAAUACAGAACAAUUUAAAACCCUGGCCACUGGAGUAGUUGUCAUUUCUCACUACAUGGUGGACAUAUGAAAAAUAAUUUCCUCGCCUAAUUUGUAUGCAAUUUAACAUGAAUGCGUUUUUUUCCUUUUAGUUAUCUUCUUCGAAGAUUAUUUACAUUAAUCCGUUUUGAGUGCCAGUUUUCCCAUAUACAUUUAUAUAUAUAUAUAUAAAGUAUUGCCGCCAGAGGUCUUGAUCACUUUACCCUACAUUUAUGUAGUGAAAAAUAUUAAAAAUUGUUUUCGCAAUUUGACGAUAAUUUUACACAAAGUUUUUUUGGGGCGAAGUCGUUCCAAUUAAUAUUCUGAUGUGUCAGAAAAAACUUGGCUACUUCUAAAACUUCCCAUACAGCAUCGUCUGAACUGUUGGUCUGACUUUGAAAUAAUUUCACUAAAAUGUUCUUUAAGUAACUUUGUAUGAGAAUACUUAAAUUGUUAAAAUACAUCUUUACUUUGCAGGGUGAUGGUUGAAUGAAAAACUAUGAAAAUCUUCUCCAGUGAAUCUGCUUGCCAGUUUUCAAAAUAAUUUGGCAGAAAUAUUUCUAUCAUCCUAAAAGCUACCAGGUUUUUGAAAAUGAUUUCACAGAAAUAUUCUUUGGGUGACCCUCUAUGAACCCUUUAAUAUGAAAGUAUUCAAAAUGUUUACUGUUGCUUUUGAUUUCUAAAUUUACAUUUGCAUUUGAUAGAUAAUGGAAUAUUUCAACAAUAUGGACCAACUGGCAAGUUCUGAAACAGUGUGUAACUGCAAAAUCUCGUGUUUUUUUGUUUUUUUUUUAAGAUAAAUUCAAAAGUAAUCAAAAUAUUUUUUUUUUAAUUUAAGAAAGAUCUAAGUACCACCAUUGUCCAUUGUGGUUCUUAAGAAUCAUGUCUUAUAAUUCAUGACAAUCAAGGAAACCCCUGUUAUGGAAAAUGUGCAUAAAAUAGUAAUUAGUGUUACAACAUUGUCACCAUAUUUAGCAGUGUGAAAAAUAGCGAGGCGUUUGUUAUGUUUUUUAGUAUAGUUUUGAGGCUAGUUAGAAAAUUGUUAUAUUUGAUUGUAUAUUAAAUGCUUUAUUUAAACAGUUCUAUCACAUCUGCCACAUUUUGAUCACCGUGACAGUUCUAUCACACAUGUUGCUUUUUUGUGUACUGUAGUUGGCAAAAUAUACUUCUCUUUGCACAUUUUUGAGAUUUUAGACGUCCGUCCAUUUUGUAUUAUUUUUUUUAUACAGAAUACUUGAUGCACUAAAUACAAAUAUGAAACAAUUCA